GCUGGCUCGGGUCGGCGUCGUCGUCGUUCUGCUCCCUCUCGCCGGCCGCCUCGCUCUCUCUCUCUGCUCGGUGCUGCUGCCGCCGCCGCCGCCGGCCCCCUUCUCCCCCCGAGGAAGGAAGCUGCGCAGGAUCCGACCCCCGAGCCCAGCCCGCCGGGAGACGCCGACGGAGGAGGCGGAGGAUCCGGCAGGAGAAUCCUGUUCUGGAACCUGAAGGCUGAAUUUUUAGGAUCCCACAUCUAGGAUCUAGCUCGGCUGUUUCAUAAGGACGGAUUUGUUAAGGUUAGCUCAAGAUGGGAGACCAGAGGCAACGCUCAUUGUCUACGUCUGGGGAAUCAUUGUACCAUGUUCUAGGACUGGACAAGAACGCCACCUCAGAUGAUAUUAAAAAGUCAUACAGGAAACUUGCAUUAAAAUAUCACCCCGAUAAGAACCCAGAUAAUCCGGAAGCUGCAGAAAAAUUUAAAGAAAUCAACAAUGCACACGCGAUAUUAACUGAUGCUACAAAACGAAAUAUUUAUGAUAAGUAUGGCUCCUUGGGUCUCUAUGUAGCAGAGCAGUUUGGAGAGGAGAAUGUGAACACGUACUUUGUGCUAUCCAGCUGGUGGGCAAAGGCGCUGUUUGUGUUCUGUGGACUCAUCACGGGCUGCUACUGCUGUUGCUGUCUCUGCUGUUGCUGUAACUGUUGCUGUGGAAAGUGUAAACCGAAACCCCCUGAAGGUGAAGAGCAGGAAUACUAUGUCUCCCCUGAAGACUUGGAGGCACAGCUACAGUCAGAUGAGAGGGACACCUCAGAUACACCUAUUGUGAUACAGCCAGUCUCAGAGACGACCCAGCUCACAGCGGACUCCCACCCCAGCUACCAUACCGAUGGAUUUAACUAAGUUAAGGAAGCACUGUUAACUAGAACGGAUAAGAAUAAAUAAUAUGGCCAAUCCAGCACUAGAAUCAUGGACAUUAGAUAAUAGAGUACGGGGAAGGGAGACGUCCUGCCACACUUAGAGGGCAGCCUCCAACCUGCUGAGAAUAUUUUGUAAUCCCUUCGCCUUUUGUCACCUUCAGUGUCGUAUCUUGAUGAUACAUGGAUGAUACUGUAGCAUGCAGUAUUUAAAGCAGUUUAGCUUUUGGUCUUAUUUCGUUUCCUUUUUUAAAAAAGAAAAAAAAUUAGCAUGUGUGGAGUUUUAUGUUAUAAAUGUCUUUGUGUUGUAAUGUAUUGAGGAGUUAUCACAACGAGUGUGAUGGAUACAUUCUGCAUUUUAAGCAGCGAUACCAGCCAAAAAAAAAACAAUGACCAUUUUUCAAAGAGAAUUUAAAUUUGCCACAGAAGCCACCACACUUCCAUACAGUUGAGCUACAAACAUCGCUUGAAGGCGGCUGUUGAUCAUCCACUUGAUAGCAACUAAGAUUUCCAGUAUAUCCCAACUGCCCCUUUGCUCCUAACACCCCUGUCUCAAGAGCUAACCUUGAAAAUGGCUGAUGUUGCAUGGAAGGGAUUUUUUUUUAAAGGGAAAAAAUGUUCCCUGCACAUCUGUUUCAUCUUCUGAGUGUCAGUGGCUUUAUAGUUAAGAUGUUCUUGUAUAGGAGAGGGCCAAAAUGUUGGUUUUGUUAUAAAACCAGACGUUACUUGAAUUAUCUCAAAUUAAAGUGCACACUAGUUUUGUUUGAAUUUAAUCAUUCCCCUGCACUAUUUAUGAUCAGUUACUGCCAUUUUUUUUACUUGUGCAUGAACAUGGAAAACAGAAACUCAUGUAUGCUCUCACUGUCGCGUUUGAAUGAAGUCUAAGCAAAUAAAUAGUCGAGCAAAGUUUA